CCUAUACCCUACCCCCACCCGACUACCCUACACCUACACCAAUCAUCAUCAUCCACCACCCUAUCCCCUACCGACACGUGUCCCCAAACACUCAAAAACCAAAGUCCCACUCUAUCCUCAAAUCAUCAUGCAAUUUCUCCAUAUCUUCUUCGAUAUGUACGGAUCUCGCAGUUGAUCAGUUUCUCGAUCCGAUCUCAUCGUCAAUCUCUAAUCUACGCCUCUGAUUCUCGCUUCAAAUAGGUUUUGUUGAGAUAAAUAUGUUUGUAGCUGUUAUGAUUGAAGAUGCGUGUAAAGCAAGUUAUUUUAGAAGUUUAGUUAUAGAAACUGUCAACUACCUAGGAAUGCGGAAUGAUGUGUUCAAACGUCGGUAAUACCUUCCUUAAAAGCUGCGUGGUUGCAAGCCCAUAUGAUCUACUCGUGUUGCUUGAUGAAAUUGGAUUCAACCAUCAAAACACAUUCAUUCUUUAUGCGCAAAUGCACAAUCGAUAUGCAAUUCGUGGGCUUCCUGUCGUGUUAAAACACGACCUUGUUGAAGACGGUUAGUAGUUAUCCUAACAGGUAAUAAGAUAAGUUAGUAGCGGUUAACUAGAUUUUAAUUUUGAAAUAUGGAGAAUAUGGAAAACGUGUUGAUGCAAAAGUACGAAUUUGGGAAAAUGCUCGGUCAAGGUAAUUUCGCUAAAGUUUAUCAUGCCCGGAACUUGAUAUCGGGCGAAAAUAUAGCCGUUAAAGUGAUCGACAAAGAAAAGGUUUUGAAAGUCGGACUGAUCGAUCAAACUAAACGCGAGAUAUCGGUUAUGGGAAUGGUAAAACACCCGAAUAUCAUUCAGCUUUACGAAGUUAUGGCAACCAAAACGAAGAUCUACUUCGCAAUGGAAUACGCAAAAGGCGGUGAGCUUUUCGAUAAGGUAGCUAAAGGACGGUUGAAAGAAGAUGUUGCAAGAAAGUAUUUCCAACAGUUGAUCUGUGCCGUUGAUUUCUGUCACAGUAGAGGCGUGUAUCACCGUGAUUUAAAACCCGAAAACCUGCUGCUAGACGAGUAUGGAAAUUUAAAGGUAACGGAUUUCGGGUUAAGUGUUCACGCGUCGUGCACGCACUUAGAUGGAUUACUUCACACGACAUGUGGCACUCCGGCCUACGUGGCGCCUGAAGUGAUUAGUAGAAGAGGGUAUGAUGGUGCUAAAUCUGACAUUUGGUCUUGUGGGGUGGUUUUGUUCGUUCUUUUGACCGGUCAACUUCCGUUUAAGGACUCGAAUAUCAUGCAGCUGUAUAAAAAGAUCAGCAAGGCUGAAUAUAAGUGUCCGAGUUCGCUUCCACCAGACGUUCGUAAGCUGCUAAAACGAAUUCUUGACCCGAACCCAGUUACUAGAAUAUCCAUGAACAAGAUUAUGGAAAAUUCGUGGUUUAACGAAGGAUUCGACGCUAAACAGAUGAAGAACAGUUUGGAAACGGACCCGCCUUCGUGUCAUGCUGAUGUCAUCGUCAAACCGCUUUUUGACCCGAAAAAGCCCGACUUCAAUAAGGUUUCGAGUUUUAACGCUUUUGAUAUCAUCUCUCUAUCAACCGGAUUCGACUUAUCGGGUUUGUUUGUUGAAAAUGAUCAAAAGGAUGAAGUUAAGUUUACUUCGUUAAAGCCCGCAUCGGAUAUUAUAUCGAAAAUGGAACAAAUCGCCACCGGUUUAAAGAUGGAAAUUGGUAAGAACAAAGGAGGCUUGUUAAAGUUUAAGAAAGUUUGUGAAAGUGGAAACACUUCAUUGUUUAUUGAUGUGGAGAUAUUUGAAAUCACUACCGGUUUUCAUAUGGUAGAGGUGAAGAAAUCGGGUGGUGAUGCGUUCGAGUAUCGGAAGAUACUGAAAAACGACAUAAAACCGGCUCUUGGAGACAUUGUUUUCGCUUGGCAUGGCGAGUAAGAACUAAGAACGUUGGAUGAUUUACCGAAUUUGCUGUUGCUUUUGCGUCUUUUAUCAUUUAAUCUUAGCCUAUUCUCAGGAUAAUAUUCGAUUUGUGUUGUGUGACAUGAUGAUUAGAUUUGUUUUGAAUGGGGCAUGAUGUUUCAUGAUCUAUGAUUAGAAAUUUAUGGUUUCAUGUUAUUAGAACAGAUUCAAACAUGUCUAUAACUGGCUAUGUUCUGAUAUGCAGUUACUCAUUACCCAUCGGGUAUCAGGUGUAUCUACAAAUCUAUACAUAUAAUAAAAGAAACCAAUUGAUGGACA